AUGGCGGCGUCCGCUUUACCGCUCGCUGGCGACCCCCACGCGCCGUUACUUUACGUGGAGUUCUUCUACCGUCAAGUGGACACUAUCCUCGCCCUGGCCUAUGGAGGUGCCUGUUUCUUCUCCUUCUGGGCGUUCGCCAUGCAUGCCCAGUCCCCCACGCGUCAGGCCGCGACGCUUGGCUUUUAUCUGCUCAUGGGACUAGCGUCCCUCACGCGCGUGCUCUGGUUUUCGACGCCUUAUGGUGCCCAGUCGGUGCGUACGACACCACCUCGGAUCAUGAUGGGCGAUGACGGCUGGACGGAGUUCCUAGCUGCCGAAACGGUUGAGCUGCUCGGCUCGUUCCUCCUAUACAGUGUCUUUGUGCUUGUGGUCGUCUUCUGGGCCGACAUGCUCCGUCGUCUCUUUACGCACGAGAGCGUCCGGUCGCAUCCCUUGCGACUCUUUGCCGCUGUCAUGGGUGCAAUGGGAACGAUCCAAGCCAUCGGCUUUGCUCUCUUUGCAACAAAGCGAGUGGAUUCAUACUGGCUCCUGAUCUACGACGACGUUGUCAUGUGUCUCCUGUCGAUCGGAUCGUUGGCGGCGGUACUGGUGUACUCGUUCCGGAUGAAGACUGUGCUGCUGGCGUUUCUUGAGGUCAGCCAGAUUGACACAACAGACCGGAUCAAAGCUGUGAACUGGGCAACGUCCAUUUGCGCGUUUUUCCUCAUCGCCAACACCGUGUUCCUCACGUACUCGCUCGUGAGUCUGGCACAUUUUCACGAGGCAGGAGUGUAUCUGGAAGACAAGUGGUGGUGGCUUUUUGUCGCGUCCAAGCAUUUCGUCGAGAUCUUUGUGCUGUACUUCCUUCUCUACACGUUGUGGGGAAAGAGCUCGGACAAUGCCGAGAACUCCAAGGAGGGAUACGAGCCGAUUCCGGAUGCAAGCCACCUCGGUAGCGAUGACCUCAGCGGCAAGACCACGACAGGCUCGUUAGCCAGCACGCCGAGACGCAACCGCUAG